AUGGUGCCUCAGGAUAAUGCAGCAACAGUAUCACCGAGUACGUCCAAUACAAGCAACAACACCGACCCAACGACGACCAGUGCACCGAAACCGAAACAGAGAAAGCUCAAUCGUACAUUACCUCAACUGAAACGUAAUGCGGCUUGUUUACCUUGUCGUAGAAGAAGGAUAAAAUGUGAUGCCGGUAAACCGCACUGUUCAUCUUGCGUCAGAAGUUAUCAUUUUUUGGCUAGAACGCAACCGGACGAUUCAAGAGAUUCAAAAGGUGUACAAUGCUCUUACGAAGAUGAUGGGGAUGACGGAGAAGACGACCAUGGUCACCCUCCACAAGUCAAUCACUCGGCACCAACAGAAAGCACAAUUUCAAACAACCUGCCGGAUCUUCCAAGAGGAACGAAGAGGAAGGAAGCCGGGUUUAACCAGGAUCCCAAAGAGGUCAUCAAGAAACUGGAACAGAAAGUUGCCGAAUUGCAACAGGCAUUAGCAGCAACAAAUGAGUCUAGCAAGCAGGCUUCAGCUGUGUCCACUUCUGCAAUACCGUCUCAUCACCAUACAGCUGUUCAUCAAAGCAAUCAGUUAAAUCCUGCAGACACAUCCACAUGGUCCGGCCCUUCACCUAAUCAGUUCCCUGCCGACUUCCUCAACGCACCGUAUAUCCCCCCAGAAGUCGUCUCGUCCUCCAUCUCGGACAGCUUCUCGGCUCUCCCAUACGAUGGCGCCUUUCAAGGUCCAAUGAACUUUACCAACAUGGCGUCCAAAUCUGCACCUGCAAUAACGCCUCAGAGAGAUGACCCUACAAGACGCUCUAUUCAACCCCCUAACACGGAUGAUGUUGAUGCAGAAGCGGGAAGAUUCAGUGGACCUUUCUUGGAUAUCUUGUUUCCCGGUUGGCCGCCUAAACUUCCAACGCCUUCUAUGCUCGAUCACCUAGUCGAAACGUUUUUCAACAUGGUGCCCUCUGUUCAUCGAGUUCUCCAUCGUCAAUCGUUCCUUGCACGUCUAGCUUUACCACCCACCCAUUCGCAAUUCCCACACGUUGCGCUUCUUCACGCCAUCUGCGCAACAGCUGCCCGAUAUACCGCAGCUGUGAAAUGUAGGCCAGUCCCAGAGGCGGUUGAGAAGACAAACCAAGAUGCCAAACGUGCUAAUGGGAAAGGGCUACCAAAUGAUGAUCCAGCGGACGAAACGUGUUUCUCCGAGAGGAACGCGAGAUAUGCGCUGAAUGCCAUGAAGUUCGAACAUGUCAGCGGCAGAGGUCUACUUGAUAUGCUACAAGCUAUGAUUGUGAUGGGACAUUGGGGUCAAUCGAGUGCAAAAUGGAUCGAAGGAUGGAUCACAAUCGGUAGUGGAGGUCGACUUGCCAUAUGCCUCGGGCUACUCGAUCACCAACCCGAUGAUUUCGGUAUGCCAGCUCUUCGACAAUCGAUCCUCUCGCCUCCCGUGAACGACGCAGAAAGAGAAGAGCGCCGCGCUGUCAUGUAUUAUAUCAUGACCUAUGACUGUCUCUCGGCGGCCUCGUCGGGAUGGCCUAAUACUCUUCCCAUCGCUGAAAUGACAACAAGGAUGCCUUGUCACAGGAGAGAUUUCGAUGGCUUGGAUUAUAUCCCUGAAAAUCCUCAAAAUUACCAUUCAAAGGAUCUGUAUACUCAUCACCCGGUCGCAGAUGGAUUCAAUAUGAUGCUGAAAGGUAUCACCUUACUUGCUCGGUCAACUCAAUUCAUCCGGAGAUGCCGAGGGCUCGAUCCUAUUGAUCGAGUGCUCGUCAAACAGUCCACCGAGUUUACGGAUAUCGAUUCCGAUAUUGCAUCAUUUCACAUGCACUUCCCUGUGUCUCUGCGCGAUCCUGUACAGUACCUGCAAGGAUACGCUAAGGGUGUAGAUGCAGAUCUCAUCUCGGCACACCUUAUUCCUCGUGUCGCCAGUAUAUUCCUCCACGAACCGUUUGCCGAUUGGAGCGAUCCAUCCUGCCCUGCGGUCUCAAGGCUAUUGAUAGAGGCAAGGGCCGUUCUUAACGUCGUUUACUUGGUCGUGAGCAGUAAUGCGGAUAUAUCAUACAUGGUAAUGCCUAUCUGUUCUUGUGACUACUUCUUCACAGCUGUUCGAACACUUUUGUCGUUCUUCCAGAGAGCGCUUGAGAGUGGUGAUUACGGUGCGGCAUAUACCUUUCGCUCCGAGAUUGCCGUGUUUAAGAUGGCAUUCUCUGCGAUGACCAAUAGAUACGCAAUUGGACAUCGUCAUCUGAUAAUGGUUGAAAUGCUGAUGAAACAUGCUGAAAUGGAUACACUCGGUCAUCCACUGCCUGACGGAGAUACUUUGCCUAACGUUGCGCAUCCUCAACCUCCCGCUUGGCAGGUGGCUUAUCCCACUAUGGCAAGACCUUAUAACCCUGCAGAAAAUGCUGUACGCCUCGCCACCGAUAGGAAUGCCGAUAGGAAUGCGCCAUCCAUCGUGAACGAUCAAUCUGAAGGAGCGAUCGGCCAACUGAAUCAGACUGUUGGUCAGCGGGAAGGAAACAGACGUUCGGUGGACAACGCAAGUUUUCAGAGUUCUCCUUUAGAUAGCAGUAUGGGAAGUACCAAUGAGCCUGUCCAUGGACAUGGGCGCAACGAUCCACCAGGUUGGGUGAACUGGCCAGGUGUACCUCCUGGUGUCACAACUACACCUUACGAACAUCAGAAUACCUUGGCUCAAUCCCUUGAUCCUAAUUUUCAUUUAUUGUAA